AACCAUUUUUUUGCAGAGACAUUCAUCGGCCAGUUCCCUAAGGAAAUGAAUAAAACUGGAUUAGCAUUUUCCGGUGGCGGCGUUCGGUCAGCGGCACUGAGUUCUGGCGUUCUACGCAGACUGCUACAUAAGAAGAUCACCCCAGAUUACCUCAGCUGUGUCUCAGGAGGAGGUUACACAGGCACCGCCUACCUAGACUGGAAGUAUCGCAAUGAACAGAAAGAUGAUCCUGGAUGGCAUAAAGAGUUCUUCGAUAACAUGAAGACGAACAUUGGCCUUUUCUGUAACUGGCGCAAUCCUUUAAAAGGAAUUUUUGAUACUUUUAUUCUCCUUACUGUUAUUCUAUUUGUUUCUGUAGUACUAUCUUGCGUUAACUGGUCAGGGUUGACUUUUCCAACAGCUUAUAUCAUCGAUUACUUUUUUGGUGAUAUUAUGCGAAAACCAUUUACUUGUCCUGAUGAGAAGACGAAAAACUUUUCCUCAUCGGAGAUUGCCGAUAACACCAACGUCGCUGCUCUUUCCAACAUGACCAAUCAAGUAGAAUGUGUUCCCACAUUUGGUCCUGAUGUAUACAUCACUUUCAUCACAUUCGCAAUUCUUUUUCUUUUAUUUCUCCUCUUCUAUGUGGUGAACAAAGUAGCUGGGCCAUUGCUAAAACCGUUCGCUAACGUUCUUUAUAAUCUGUCAGGGUUUACUUUUGCAAUGGUGUUUCUCCCAUGGUUUAUUGAGGAAUAUAUAGUGGUGACACCUCUGUGGCUUAAUGCUUUGAUCAUCGUUCUCAGUAUUCUCCUGUGGAUGGGCACAGCUCCUCUAAGAGACAAAGCAUCAAUGGCUUUGAUUGUCUAUCUCUAUGCUUAUGGUGUUAAGUGGAGGGUUUAUAAAACAGAAGUUCUUUCCAUUGAGUACAGCGAAAAGAGGUUCACUUUGCUGAUGUGGAUUUCAGCAAUAUUAAUAUGGCUGAAUCCUUUUGUUGUAAUGCUACAGAUGAAUGCUAUACACACAUACAACAGGUAUUCACUAAUAAGAUUAUAUAAUACUGAUGCUGGUAUAGGUAAUAGCAUCAUUUGUAGUGAUAUUUGGCUUAAAUACCACGAGUGA